GCAACAAGAAAGUGUGUGCUGUUGGUGGACAGCCCGUUGUUGGUGGAAGCUGUCCAGAUCUUUAUCCAAAACUUACAACAAUGCCGGUUCUUUCAAAACCGGAAGUUACUCCAACAAAGGAUGUUCGCUUUCCUUGUAGAAUCGACUACCCUAUCGGCCAAUCAGAUGUAGGAUUUAUAGUCACCUGGACAGUGAAUGGCAAAGAGCUCAUGGACAACACGAAUCAACCGGUUCAAACUGUCUUAAAAGGGGAUUCCAGGGUAGCCUAUCUAGACGCAACAAAACUUCAAGGAAAUUUAGGAAAAGAACUGAGGUGUAAUGUUUCCUCAUUCCAUCCCUCUCACGGACAAGGUGUUCGAAGUGACUCUCUCAGUAGUAACCCAUACUGGGCAGGAAUCAGAGUUUCCACUGACCAAGUUAACGUAGAUGAAGGUGGUCCUGAGAAAACUGUUACGAUCGAGUCAACCAUUCCUAUCCCUUGUAAAAGCUUAUUUGCUUCUGAAUGCAAACUACCCAUACAAUUCAUGGGUUUACGUAAUCCAGGAGAUGCCGCUCUCUCUAGUUGUCACUUUGACCUCAAGCUUGAUAAUGCCACCGGGGUAUACUCAACGUCUUUCAAAGUCAAGGCCACCAGAGAUUUUAUCAAAGAUCAUAACCAUGUACAAGAAAUCGCAUUCAAACCUAUACUUAAUUUUCUGCAUCCCAUGUGGAACAACUACACGAUAAACCCUAUUAAGAUUGGAACUACAGACAAAGACCACGGGCACUGUAUAUUAUCAGGAGAUCCCCACUUCCGAGGAUUUGAUUAUAAAAAAAACUACAACGUUUACGAAGUUGGGGAUAUGGUACUGUAUAAAUCUAAAAACCAAAAGAGACCAUUUGAGGUUCAAGUCAGAACAUGGCCCUGUGGAAGCUAUCAUCCCUGCGCAUGUGCAGUUGUUGCAAGAGAAGGAAACGAUGUUGUCGAAAUCGAUAUGUGUGAGAAGAGAGCAGGCGUUGUGGAGGCUCCAUCAGUGUCUUAUCCCUCCGGACACCCUCUGGAGGGAACCACUGUCAGCAGGGAUAAAACAGGAAAAAUAUUCUAUAUAAAUUUUCCUUCCGGAGCCAGACUACAGGUUACAACAGCUAUAUCAAAAGGUCGCCAUGGUAACGAACAUUUGCCCUUCAUGAACGUGGACAUUCAGGGUCCCCCGGAUGACUUUGGUUCCAGUGAGGGGCUCUGCGGGAACUGGAACGGGGACGACGGAGAUGAUUUCGUGGGAGGGGACGGAAGGCUUUAUAAACCAGCAACAGUGGCCAACUUCUCUAAAAGCUGGAUGUUACCAGGCCACUCAAGUAUGUUUUAUCAAAUCCCCAAAUACGAGAAACAUCUUGCUCCUAAGUUUGAAUACUGUUCUUGCAAAACAGGGACUGCCGUAGACUGUACCAAAGUGGGAAAAGGCGCCAUUAAUCCAAGCAAGCCUAAAGAUGGCACGGUGAUAAACGGCGGUAAGAAUAAGCACCCACGUCGUUCUGCUCGCUCUUAUACUGACCAUUACCCGGACCUAGACUUACCAGCUGACCCGAGGGUCACAGCAAAGAGGUUACGAAGAAAUGCUGCCGCAGCCUUUCCCACUCCCAGUGGAAUAACGGAGGGACAGGCCCGAUCCUCCUGUAACCACACUAUCUCUAUGUCCUCCCUGUACAGUCACUGUCACCAUACCAGCAUCCUGACUGAUAUGCUGGACGGAUGUGUGGAGGACAUCAAGUAUUCCGAUAGUAUUGAGGCAUUCGAGAUGGCGCACAUGAACGCUUUUGAUAGCAUUUGCUACAACGAGCUUGCAAAGGAUCCCAGAAACAUUCAGUACAUUAACGGUGACCCAGUAGUCAAUCCCUCUAUCUUAACUUGUCCAAAUCAGUGCUCAAAGAACGGAAGAUGCGUCGGAGACACGUGUCAUUGUAACCAUGGCUACACAUCAGCCGAUUGUUCUGUUAAAAUUGGAUCGACGCCAACUAUUCAUAGAGUGAGGGGGGAUGAACAGUGUGACAUUAGAAGACGCCCAUGUCGGCAGGCCAAUGUUAUUGUUGACAAUAUUCUGGAGUCGUCACAUUUAGCUUGUAGAAUAACACCCCUAACUCUGUCAGAUGGAACGCCUGUCGAGUCCGGUCCUGCAGCGACAUACAAAGGAGAAUUCCUCAGUUUCUUAGAAGUACAAUGUCCCAUUCCCGAGAGUACUGUUAUGAAAGGAACCGCUGCCCAGGGUUUCAAAAUCUCAGUGACGUCAGAUGGUCAUCAUUACAGUCAUGACGCUUUGUUUAUUGUGGCUGACGGUUACUGCAUGAAAUGUACAGCCGCAGGUGUCUGUACACAAAACCCAAACAGUUGUUUUAUAGACGGUAUGUGCUACCGUAAUGGUGACCAGAAUAACAAACGACAGGUCUGUGACCCCUCGGUGUCGACUAAUGAUUGGACAACGAGCAAAACCGUGCAAGAGGUAGAUCACUAUACCGCCACCUUUACCGGAUGUCGUUGUCCCUACAACACUCAUCUCUUCCACUGCGCUUGCUGCCAAAAUGGCGGAUGUCAAUGUGGCGAGGUGCAACCUAAUCAGUGUACAGACUGUAACAACAAAGCACUGUGCGGAAAAAAUCCGGGACUUUUCCCGCCACCAACUCAUUAACUGAAUAAAAAGUCUUCACUUUUGUACUAUAAUAUUUUGUAUAAUUGCAUAUAGAAUAAACUGAUUUUAUAU